GGCGCUCGGGACAUUAGACGAUCGAGGAGAGAAUAAUCGCGUGGGUAGAGGCGGUACCGGGCGAGUGCAGUGUGCAGUGCGUGCGGGUCGUGUCGCGGAAAGCUCGGCCGAGAAGCCUCCGAGAGCGCGGCAUCGCGCGCUCGCCUCGCGCUCGUCGCGUCAGUGCCGGCCCGGCCGCGCCGAACGCACAACGUUUACACAACUCGACAGCCCGACAGCCCGACAGCUCGACUCCUGCCACGGACAGUGUAGCGCGCAUCGCAACCAGAAUUGCCGUUUGCCGCCACGAUCAGCGCGGACUUGUUUCAUUGCUGAAAAGAGAUAUAUAGGCAGAGGCAGGCGAUGGAGGGGAGGCGCGCGGCGGCGCUGCUCGCGCUGGCCGCAUGCGUCGCGUGCUCACACGCAGCACCGACGGCUAGCAAUCAGACAGCACUAGACUUAUAUGAAGGUGCACCGGAAGGCUGUUACUAUAAUUUUCAGCACUACGGCGAGGGUGACCGAAUAAUGACGAACGAACCUUGUCUCAACUGCACUUGCCACAAUCGAAUGUUGAUGUGCUACCUUAGGGUUUGUCCAUUCACAAAGCCUAUUGGACAGGACUGUACUGUAGAGAAGCGUGCUGACCAGUGCUGUCCUAUCGUCACUUGCCCUGACGUUCCAGUUGACUUACUGACGUCUACCUCUACAUCUUCGCCAGCUGAGUACGGAGCUACUGGAGUAGGCCAUCAAGACAAAUAUGGUUGCAGCAUUAAUGGCAGAUAUUUCCCCGAAGGCUCAAAAGUGCCACCAACGCCUAACAAGCCUUGUGAACAUUGUUAUUGCAUUCGAAAUAUGACUACUUGUGUCAUGCAAGAGUGUACCUUACAUGUUGAUGGAUGUGUCCCUAUUUAUCAUAAAGAUGUUUGCUGCCCUGUCAGAUACUCAUGUGAUCACCCAGAAGAUGACAUUAAACUUUUGGAUGAUAUGACCACAACUGUACGCCCAACUCCAGGAUUUUUACUGACUACGACAACGUUAUCACCAGUCACUCAAGUAUCACAGGACUGUGUGCAUGAUGAUCAAAUAUUCGCUGAUGGUGCCUUAAUUAAAACUGAAAAAGCCUGCGAACAUUGCUAUUGUAUGAAAGGUGAUAUAGUAUGCGUUGUACAAGAAUGUGGAACUCCAAUGGAAAAUGAAGGCAAAAAUUGUACUUCGCUUCCACCACGUCAAGGACAAUGUUGUCCAGAUACCUACAUUUGUGAAGGCGAUGAAUUGACUACUGAACAUAUGUUAGAGCUUACAACUGAAGAAAUACUAAAAUCUACAUCUGUAACACCUCCAAAGAAAGGCAUCGAAGGCAGUGGUUAUAGAAACGAACCCGAUGAACCUUAUACCGAUUUACCAAUAUUUGAAACUGUUGAAAUGGAAGGCAGUGGAGAAGAUCAGUCUACACUAUCUAUUGGUCAAUCCGAAUCAGUUACCCCCGAAAAACCAACACCAGACUUUGCCGAUGAAAUGCUUUUAACAACUAUCAAGCAGUUCGAAUCUCACCCUACGAGUGCAACCGAAAUAGAUAUUGGCACUAUGGUAACAAAAUCCGACAAGUUAAAUACUGAAAUAACACCUUCACAUGAAACUGAGUAUGACAUAGUCACAGAAUCUACAAAAUCCGAUGGUGAAGAAGAAAGCAAAACCGACUCCCUAAACCAGGUUACAGAAACAACACAUAUCGAUUCUCAUGAUAACAAAGUUACCGAGAAACCUUUAUUAACCACAUUGAGUGAUUUCAUUUCUUCUACUUUGGGUGAAAGUCUCAUUCCAGUAGAAGAUAAAUCCGAUAAGACCACUGAGUCUUCAUUUAGAAAAGAAGACGACCUUUCAGCUGUACCCGAAGUUACUACUAAACAAACUUAUGAUGGAUUGAUAACUGAAGGCGAAUAUAACGAACCGAAAGAAACUAAAGAAGAUAUGGUACCUACAACAGCUACAUCUAUUAUUUCUGGCGAGGAAGACGACAAGAAACUUCAUACAACAACAGAAAUUGUUAUGACGGCUGAUAUUGAUAAGGAAGUAAAAGAGAAAGUAGAAACGUAUAGUUCCACUACUACGAUGAGAUCGGAUACCCUCGAGACAACUAACCCAACAGAAAAUGAAAUUGAUGAAGAAAUAUUGCCUAUACUUUCUCCCGGAAGAAUUCCUGGCGAAGGAGACUGUCUUCUUAACGGCAUUACAUAUAAAAAUACUACAGAUGUACCUAGUACAAAUAAAUGUCAUACCGGUUGUAGAUGUGUUAGUAGUAUUAUCAAAUGUGAUCCCAUAAUUUGCAGUCCACCACCGGAAUAUGCAAACAUGAAUAAUUGUGAACCUAUAUAUGACUCAGCUGAAUCUUGUUGUCCUACUUAUAUAUGUGAUCACUCGAUUGAAGGUACAUUGCCAGAAUCCCACAGUCAAAUGUCUGGUACAGAAAGUCCAAAACCAGUUAAAAACAAUGAAUGCAUUGGAGACGAAUGUUUAACAGAUGAACACACUAUAAGCCCAACUCAAUCUGAAAAACGUCCUGGGCAACCUGAAUGUGGAAAGGAAGGUUGUAUCGAUACAGUUCCUGUAGUCUCUGAAUAUCCAGAUAAAUGCGAUAAAGAAACAGGUUGUCAAGUUACCGCUGUCACACCUUGCGAAGGUGAUAAUUGCAAAGAUUUCAUAACUCCAGAACCUGACACUCAUAUCUCAUCGCCAGAUAAUCAAGACGAUACCAUUGAAAAAGAGUGUCAUAAUGAAUCUUGCAGGCGUAAAGAAAUUUCUCAGGAUACGAUAAAACUGCCAUCUCCGUGCGUAGGUACACAGUGUGAAACCGACACUCAAACUGAUGUGAUUACAUCAGAAUUAACGAGUGAAAUACCAAUUGUCUCUGAAGAGGCUACCAAAACAAGCCAUGUACCAACCACGAUUACUCCUGAAUCUCAAACAUUUAGAACUGAGGAGCAAUUAACUACUUUAGGAGAUGAAUCAACUUCUAAGUAUGACAGCACAAGUAGAAAGAUUGACGUUGAAAAACAAGAACUUACAACCGAGUCCAUUCAACAUAUCGACGAAGUAUCUGAUACGGGUAUGACCAGAGGACCGGAGACUUACAUAACUGAACACCCAAAAGUUACAGGAGUUGUCGAUGAUUCAUUUGCUGGUGACUUAGAUAGCACAACCAUAGCUGACACAGAAGAAGAACAUUUGACUACUUCUUCUCAUGACCUUGAAGCGCCGGAACCUACAAUAUCAGAAGAAAAACCUGAAUUAGAACAACCUGUUUCAGACCUAAGCAAAGAUUUUACAACCAUGCCUCAAACCUCUGCAGUAGAAGAAUCACAGGGAAUUACUAUGUCUGAAAAAGAAGAAAAACUAACAACAACAUCUCUGGAGUCUGCUAGCCCUAGUAGCCAGACAGAAAAGGAGUCUGACCAAGAUGAGUCCACAGAACCUAUUGAUGUGCACUAUGAAACAACACCUGUUCUUGGUGGGGACUUGACCACAAAAGAGACUUACGCCACUGAAUCUGCAAUCAUUAAGGAAGAAAAAGAUCAUCAAUAUUCGGAAAAACUUUCAACAGUACAAGAUAGUGAUUACACAACCGAAACCUCUAAGCUCACCAAGGCCGACGAUGGCACAACUCCAGAGAUAAUAAAGGAAUACUCCACAAGUUCACCGCAGUCUCAAGGCAACGAUGAAACAACUCCAGAGAUAAUAAGGGAAUACUCCACAAGUUCACCGCAAUCUCAAAGUGUUGAAGAAAAAACGACAGAAACUGCUAUUGAUUCAACGGAAAAAGCAAUAAGUAACUUGCUUGAUGAAUCCCCAGCUAUUGUCGCUAAAGAUGGAAGUACUACAACAGUUUCCGAUAUUAUAAUAACUACAGCUGGUCAUGAAUUUGUAACUGAAAGUUUUAAAGAACCUGAAAAAGAUAUACAACCUACUGAACAAAGUUCUGAACACAGUAUAGAAGGUGAAAGCACGCAGAAAUAUGACAAAACGCCAGCUGAUCAAUACGAUAUGAGCAGCGUUGCUUCUGAGUCAGAUAAAUAUGAUAAAGAUCAACAAAUAACACCUGAGGCAGUAUAUACAACGGAAAAUCCUAUUUUCGGUAUCAAAGAAACUGCCAGAGAAGAACCAUCAACGGAAUUACCAGUUACUGACAAUGUGGUUAUCAAUGAAAUAACUCAUCCAUCUCAACAAGAUGUAAUAGAAUCCCUGAAUGGAAGGGCAACAGAAGGUCCUGAUGUAUAUGAACACGAUGGUUUACAAACCAUGGCACAAGACGCAGAUUUAUACACGACUGUGCUAACAGAAUCUGCCGUCACCAGUAGUGAUGAAAAACAUUUGGAAACAGUAAGCACUGAAAAAACAACUGAAAAAUCAUUUGAACAAGAUAUCGAAACUAAGAAACCAACGCAGCUCGAAUCUGGAACUGUAAAAGUAGUAACUGAGUCCGUUACGACAGAACCAGAAAGAGGAGACGGCAUAUCAGAAGAUGACAAUCUUGUUGAUGACAUGGACAUGAUGUUAACUACAAAUGUAUUAUUAAAUGAAAUCACAACGGUAAAAAUAGACGCUACAGAACAAACUUUAAAGGAAGAAGCUGAAGAUCACAAAGAAGAAACGAUAAACGAGGUAUCUCCAACAGUAGAACAUAUUUCUAGCACGGAGACCAUUAAAGAUAGUACUGAGGUUAACACUGAAACAUAUUUGGUUACUUCAUCAGAAAAACAUGAUGCACAAUCAUAUUCUACAGAAACAUUGUCUCUUGUCACUGAACGGACGGUUCCAGAACGGCACGAACUUGAGGUAACACCGACUAGUUCGUACCCAAGUGAAAAAGAAACAAGCGAAGAUAGUGAAGGUUCAGGGGAAAUAAAUAAGCAACAAGACGACCGAGAAGAGCAACAUACAUCAAUACCAACAAAAAUGUCAGAAGAAAUCACGACUGAAAAGCAAGACGUACCUUCAUCAAUUACAACAACAUUACCAGAUAUAUCUGAAAAUAUUCUACAUACAACCUUACUAGAAGAACACAUUGCUACGGAGUCACCGUCAUCACAAGUAACAGAAAAUAUUGUACAAGAAUCUUUGCCUACCAGACGUGUUGUAGAUCAAGGAACAGAAGUGACGGUUUCUUUAGAAGAAGAAACUACAACUAAAUCAUCUGGUUUAACUGAAACAAUCACCGAAAGUCCAGAUUUAACUACAAAAGCUAAUGAAAUGCCAGAGAGAGAAGAAGAAAAGGUCACAAUUCCUUCGCAUGCUACCGUGUUUAACGAAGAAGAUAAAACUACCAAAAUAGAUCUGAUUUCAGAAGAAGAAUUUAAAGAAAAGACAACCAUUAUGCCUGAAACAGUUACAUCAGAACAACUUUUUACCAACGCUGAAACACAGAAAGACUCCGAAAUAACAAUUAUCGAACAGACAAAACUGACAGAAGUUCCCGAAAAGUCAACAUCAAAGUCAAUUGUAACUGAACUAGAAGCAGUCACUGAAAAACUUUUUACAUCGGACCUGAUAAAGACCACCGAAGAGCCGGAGAAAACCACAGCCGGACAAUACUACACUGAAUCAAUAAUUGAAAAUGUAACUGCCGAAGAUAAAGAUGAAUCUACUGGAUUCCCUAAUACAGUAACACCGAGUAAAUUAGAGACAGAAACCCCCGAAUUAACGCAAACUGUCCAAGAUAUUUCUAUUCAAGAUAGAACAACGGUAAUCCCAGACUUGCUAGUUACAGAACAUAUCCACACAGAUUUAGAAAAGACAACAUUUAAAGCACCAGAAAUGAAUAUUGAUUUAGAUGAAAAUACCGUAAAUAUUGAAGACUCAGAUAAAACUCAAGUAACUGAAUUCCCCAUCAAAGCAACAGAAACAUAUGAAACCCAUGAACAAACACCCGAAAAACUUGCAACUACACAACAGGAACCUUUGCUAUACGAAACAUCUUCACCAGAUAUGCUAUAUGCUGAAAAAACUACAGAGAGUGCAGAGAAAAUAAGGUACCCCGAACAAAUUUCAACGGAGUCAUCUGAACCAAUGGACGUCUCUGCUGGACAUGAGGAUGGAUUGUCAAGUGAUAAGACACAAGAAGAGGUGACUUUACCUGACAUGAUUACGGAAUCAGUAAUAAUUACUACUGAAUCAUCUAAUGUGGAAGAAAAUAUGAAAGAUACUGAAACGAGAGAUGAGAAAACAACUGAACAGCCUUUGAUUGAUACAGAGAAUGCUGAAAAAGAAAUAGAUUUUGCAACCGGUAAGCCCUUAAUCCAGGAUCAUGUUACAGAGAAACAACCAGAAGCUAAUGUCUUCGAAGAGAAAGCAACUGAAAAGCCUUUCAUAAAUGUAGAUGAUGUCGAAAAAGAUGUAGAUUUAGUAACCGAUACGCCUAUGAUACUAGAACAUGUUACAGAAAAAGAAACGGGAUCUCACAUCUUCGAUGAGAAAAUACCUGAAACACCUAUUAAAGUAGAUGAUGCUGAGAAAGAAUUAGAUUUUACUACUGAUAAACAUGUGAUACUUGAACAUGUUACGGAGACGCUCCCAGAAACUCACGUCUCAGGUUAUUCAAGAAUAACUACUCUUGCUGAACAAACACCAACAGAGCAAGCUGUUACAGAAAUGCCAGAGUUUGUUGACAGCCAACAAGAUACAACAACUAUAAAGCCUGAAAAAUCUACUUUGGAAAGUGCAACAGUUAUUCCUGAACAGAAAGAAACGGGUACUACCGUACUGUCAGAAGUAGAAACUUCUUCAUAUCUACCAGAUAAAAGCAUAGUAACUGAAGAAGGUACCACAAUUAGCGAUGAAAAAUCCCCUGAAACUGAAUCUAAACCAGUUGAAAGUACUGUCGUAACUGAAUUGCCAGAACUGUUAACUACCUCAAAAUCCGCCGAAGAUUUUGAUAAAGUCGAUGUUACAGCAGCUACAGAAUCUAAAAUUUCUCAGAGCGGUAGUAAGACGACACCUAUCUUAGACACUGUACCUUCUCUCAUUUCACAAGAAACAGACAGUGAAAAACCGACUACCGAUGAGCCUCACAUUUUCUCAACGAUUUCUAGUAGUGAAGAAAAAUUAGAAGGUACAACUCUAAAGACAAUACAUGAGAAGACUACAGAGAUAAUAGAACCAAGCACUGUUGGAGAAACUAGCAUAAAAACUGAAUCACCAGAAACCACAUCAGAAAGAGAACUAGAUGCUGUUAAGAUAAAUAUAGAUGGAGAAGAUAAGACCGUCGCCUAUACACCUGAACAAUACACAGAAAUGCCAGAACAAAUACUUACAGAUAUACACAAAUCUCCAAGUCAAUCAUCUGAGAGUGAUACAACCAUUACAGAAAUAUCAGAUAUUGUAACCUAUUCUCCAGAGAAGCAUACAACGAACAUCGAAGAAGAACAAACCUUUACUCAUGAAAAACAUGAACAUCUCACGACAAUCGCGGAAAGCUUGAUGACUCAACAAGUUGAAACAGAAACUGUUUUACCGACGACUUUAAGUACAGAAAGAACGACGCAAGGUAUUGAAACCAGCGAACACCUUACUGAAGCUCAAUUAGAUGCUUCUAAAGCACCAGAAUUAUCCAAAUAUACUACUGAAUCAGGAGAUAUCGCUACUCCAACAUUAAUGGAACAUACUGUAAAUGAGGAGACCGUGCAAACAGAGUUACCUGUAACGUCUAUGACACCGCGUGAUGAAGAUACGCACCAUGAAGUUAUUAGUGAAACAAAAGAAACAAAACCAGAUUAUUACACUACGGAAAAAAUUGAAAUGAGCACGAAGUCUAACAUUGAAUCAGAUAUACCAGUUGCUACGGAAUCUAGUAUAUUGGAAUCUAGACCAUCCAGUGAAAGCUCAGCUCAUCCACAACAUACAGAAGAAACAUCUGAGAAAAUAGAUGAACAUUCAGAAUCUACUCCAUACUUUGUUGAAUUAGAGGAACAUACACAUAAAGGCAUAGAAGAAACAGCACCUGAAGUUUAUCACGAAGAUAUAACUUCAACAAUAAAACCUGAAAUCCUAUAUCCUGGUAAACUUCAUGACGAAUUGACAACGGAAAAACAAGAAACUGAAGAAUCACUGGAAAUAACCACAGAAAAACAAAAUAUUGAUGAAUCAUUAAAAAUAACCACAGAAAAACAAGAAACUGACGAAUCAACGAAAAAGGAAACUGUCGAAACUUCAACAUCUGCUGUCUCUCAGAUUGAUUUAGGAACGCCUGAGAUAUUACAUGAAAUAUCAACGGAACUCCCAACUAAUGAUGACAAAAUUACAACCUUAUCUCCGAAGCCCACUGAAAUUGAAACCGACGUUUCAAAACUCAGCACUGUGUCAAAUGAUAAGGAUAGAACAACAUCUAUUCCAGUAGUAACUACACCAAGUUAUGAAGAAGCAGAAACGCCCAAACAAGAGGACCAUGCAACAACCAUAGAAAAGGAAAAGGAGAGCAUUCCUGUUAAACCGACUGAUGUGAUACCGUCCUCACAAGAGACAACAGCACCUGAGGAAGAAUUUAUCCCUGCAGUAACACAAGGUACAACUGGUAAAACUAUGGAAGAUAUAACGACUCUUUCGCCCACACAAAGCCAUAAAUUUACUGAACCGAAAGAAAAGCCAAUGGAAUCCUUACCGUCGACGUCUGCUCCAGAAUUGCAGAAGCCUGGAUUUAAUGAUAUGUUACCAACAGAUGAAAUACCCCCAACAGACGAAGAUAGUCAUUUCCCACCGACCGGUAGCAGUGGAUAUGGCCAAGAACCAGAUUAUGGAGAAGAAGAUCAAGCAUUUGGACCUGGCACCUGCCGAUAUGGAGGCAAAGUAUACGUUUCUGCCCAACAAAUACCCAGAGACGAUCCUUGUGAUUUCUGUUUCUGCUUUAGAAGCGAUAUUAUUUGCUUGCAACAAAGCUGUCCUCCUCCUAUCCAUGGAUGCCACGAGGAACCUAUUCAAGGGUUCUGUUGCCCGCGUUACGAGUGUCCAGUUUCGAUGGCAACUACUCUUAAUAUCACCACCACAACGACAACAACAACUACAACAUUGCCGCCUCACUUCCUGCCCCACGCUUACAAAGGUGCUGCGCAAAGACGGGGAUGUCAAAUAAAAGGACAUACAUAUAAAGUGGGAGAAGUGGUACGCGCAUCUUCAGGACCAUGCUUACAUUGCACAUGCGGCGGAGACGGCCAGAUGAAAUGCGAUCCGAAGGCAUGCACCCCGGAGCCGAUGCUGCGGCAGAUGAUCGCGGCAGCCGUGUCGGCCAAACGCCGGAGAUGAAAUGCCCCAGCCCCCUCCUUAAUGAUCGUCACAUCACCGGCUCAACAGCCUAUGUGAUCAUUUACGUCUAUUCUCCUAUGCACAAGAAUAAUGCUCAAAUUUCGCGACGGAGUAGAUUAAGAUUUCGUGUCAUAUGUAGUAAUUGAUUUAAUUAUUAUUAUUUAAUUUACUUUUCAUAAAGCGUGGCACGAUCGACUCGAUAUCGAUGAAAUACGAAUCAACCGUGACUGUGAUUACUAUUCAUUAAAAUAUUUUGGUAAUUCUUACCACUUAUUUUACAUUUUUCUGAUUAACAAAACAAUCGUUAUAAUUAGUUGAGACUAUUGAGAAAGUCAGUGCCAAACGGUAGUGCUAGAUUGUAAACACCUUUAUGAUAAAUAUAUUCUAAAUUUAAUGAAUUUAACAUUAAUACAAGUAAAUAUAGUGACCGAUAGAUUAAUACGAUGCUGUUGUAGCAAUAGGUAUCUAAAAGGAAUAUCAAACUGUAUCGGUCACUGCAGAUCGCCGAAAUCUUGACCAUUUACAAACUUAAAUUGUUUUACCCAAAUAAGUUUAGUCAAUUCUUUGUGUCGGCACGAUGUUACUACUGCAAGAGGUCUAGUAUCGUGUAAAUGCAAAGUUUUAUAAGAAUCCUUGAUAUUGUAAAUGCCUUACUUAAUUUGUAAUAAUUUAUAUAUUUUAGGUGUAUAGUACUUAAGCCAUGUUUUGAGACCAGUGACUAUUUUAAUUUAGAAAUAAAACGGAGGCCCUCUAAUAUAUCCAGAAAAGUGCCAGUCGACGCGCGCCCCUGGCCGCCUUGGCCGGUGCUUUUCCUACUUCGCGUUUUACAGAAAGCGACACAUUUUUUGUCUUGUUUCCUGUAACUCGUUGGAGCGUAAAAAUUGUACUAGCACUCAUUUAGUAAAAGUGGCCAUCAUUUUUAAUCGUUUUGUAAAAAAAUACACGUCUAAACGAUAAAAAAAAAGUAAAUUGUAGUAUAUUUUAUAACUUUUGAUAAUAAAGUGCUGGUAGAUUUUAUAAAAUAUAAAAUCCAAACAGAUCGAGAUGGGUACGGAAGUCGCAGGCUGUUGUGAUCGUUAUAAUAGUAGAUGUAAGAAAGCGGUUACAUUAAUUCGUACCGAUCUCUUUCUGUGUACGCAGGUUGUAGUUAUAUUUUGUCUUAUUUAUUUAAAUUUAUAACAAUAGCGUUAAUUAUUAUUGGUACUUUAAUACUGGUAAUGAUUUCUACUAUUCAGAAAAGUUGACCGCAGUGUAUAGAGUUCAACAUUUACCUAAUUCUUAUUUUAUUAUUUUGUCGUCUCUUGUAUGCAUCGCAUCGGUUGCACCGGACACAUCCGCUGCACCGGACACGCGUAGCUAAGGUCUAGCAAUUUGUACAACUACGAAAGUAAAUUUAAAUAAAAUCCUUACA